AUGGGCAUGCUGAAUCAGCAGGAAUUCCCACCCUCGGUUACAAAGCCGAAGGUACAUGGCUCCAUAGUACAGCCGCCGCUGCUGCUAAGGAAACAGCUCAGCAGCUCCUCCGUUUCAGUCUGUGCAUCUCAAGGGGGAUCAUUUCCAAAGCACAAGAAGCUCAUAAACAAAGACAAAGGAGGACCGGAGUCAAAGGAGGAGGAAAGUGGAUCUAAAGCGGGCACCAAAGGUGAUUCUGGUUCUCCACUUCCAAGGAGACUGUGGUGCAUUUCAGACUUCGAAAUCGGCAAGCCACUUGGCAAAGGGAGGUUUGGUUCUGUGUACUUGGCCCGGGAUAAAAAGACCCACUUCAUCUUGGCCUUGAAAGUCAUAUUCAAGUCUGCCAUGGAGAAAGCGCAGCUGGAACACCAGCUCCGGAGAGAAAUAGAAAUCCUGUGUCACCUCAGGCAUCCAAAUAUCUUAAGGAUGUACAACUACUUUCACGAUCAGACACGGAUCUUCCUGAUGCUGGAAUACGCUCCGAGAGGGGAGCUGUAUAAAGAGUUACAGAAAAAAAAACACUUUGAUGACACCAGAACCGCAACAUAUAUGGAAGAAAUAUCUGAAGCUCUGAUAUACUGUCAUGCUCAAAAAGUAAUCCAUAGAGACAUUAAGCCAGAAAACCUUCUGUUAGGCUUAAGAGGAGAGCUGAAGUUGGCAGACUUUGGUUGGUCAGUGCAUGCACCAUCGCUAAGGAGGACAACCAUGUGUGGCACCACAGACUACCUUGCUCCAGAAAUGAUAGAAGGGAGUCCCCAUGAUGAAAAUGUUGAUGUGUGGUGUGUCGGCGUGCUUUGUUAUGAGUGUCUGGCAGGAUAUGCACCAUUUGAAGCGGCCACUCGGUUAGAGACGUUCCGGAAAAUAAGAGAGGUUAAUAUGACAUUUCCUUCUUGGGUAUCAGAUGGCGCCAGGGACCUCAUUACCAAAAUACUUAACCACACACCUUCUCUGAGACUACCCCUGAAAGCAAUCAUAGAACAUCCCUGGGUUAAGACCAACUCAAGAAGAAUUUUGCCGCCUGUGUACAAUAAGAAAGAAGAGUGA